GAGCAGCACAGCCAUCAGUCUGGUGUUACAGUUACGGACCUUGCUAGUGAAAACACACAAAAGACAGAACAGAACGGUAAAAUCAAUAGCAACGCAUUAAAAUUUUCACAAAAAUCAUUUCAAAAGAGAAACUUAAAACCAAAAUAAGGACUUGAAUUGUGAAAAAAUACCAAAUUUCACUUGAACAACUCAAUGACUAAGAAAGCAAAGAAUUUAGAGUUAAACCAUUGAAAGAGUUGUGAAGAUACUCUGCGUAUCUUGUGCUUGUAAACUUGGGUAAAUUGCUUUGCGGUACACAGACAGAACCUUUCCAUAAUGGCUCAAUACGGUGGUGGUGCUCCAAAUCCCUUUGGUGCUCCAUCGGGCAUGGGUGGCUAUGAGCAGCAACAGUCACAAUUUGGUGACUAUGGUGGUGGCGGUGGUGGUUAUGAUCAAUCGGGUGGCUAUGGUCAAGAUGCGGGAUAUGGCCAAGGUAUGGGCGCAACUGGUGUACCCCAGCAGCCUUAUGGGGUAGCAGCAAGGCCACGUGUAGAUGUUGAGGCGGAGGGAGAAGUAGAUCCUACGCUUUAUCCAGAACCCAAGGAGGCCACUAAUAAGAUUCGAGGCCAUGCUGAUGUUGUUGAGAUGUUAUUUGGUCCUACAGAACAUGAGCUGAUACCGGUGAAAAGUUUUUACUUUUUCUUCUAUGCUGCUUUUGGUUCACUCUUCCCUUUGAUGGGUGUGUAUUUCAAACAAAUGGGCAUGAAUCCAGGACAAUGCGGUAUCUUAAUUGGCAUGAGACCUUUUGUGGAGUUUUUAUCGGCACCUUUCUGGGGUUCCUAUGCGGAUAGAUGUCGCCAGGGAAAAAAGCUGUUGUUGGGCUCCUUAGCCUGCUGGAUUUUGUUUACCAUUCCCUUGAGUUUCAUCAAACCAGAACCGGUCAAGUGCAUAGAACAUAAUGCCACUGGCUAUGUAUUAACCUAUACCCGUAGUAAACGUGACCUAUCAGCUUUCAAUAUAGCCGAUAAUUUGGGCAACAGUGUGGAGAGUUUUGAUAGUGAGGCAGCCAUUAAGGGAACGCAAACCAAGCCUCCAACAGAAGCUUUGGAAGAAAGUCAUUCCAGACGCAAACGUUCCAUAUUUCCACGAAUUGAUGCCGGCAUUUCACCCGUCCAUAUACGUUUCGUUAGCAACUAUGACGCCAAGGAGCAUAAUGAUUAUGUUACUCCCAUAUUCUCCAGCAUGGUUUAUAGAACACCGGAUAUCCAAAAAGCCUUCUUCUUGCUGCUGUUGGUUAUUCUGAUAGGCGAGUUCUUUAGUGCCCCCGCCAUUACUUUGGCCGAUUCUGCUGUUAUAACCCUGCUGGGCGAGGACUCUGACAAAUAUGGCCAUCAACGCAUGUUUGGCUCUCUGGGUUGGGGUAUUUCCAUGUUUGUGGUGGGCAUUGUUUUGGAUCACUCCACUUCGUUCUCCCACCAUCCCUGUGGUGCAGGCCACAUGGAGAAGAACUACAAUGUGUGCUUUGCUAUUUUCACUGUACUCAUGACAUGUGCCAUUAUAUCGGCCACCAAGAUUACCUUUAAGUAUGAACCCUUGGAUCUGGAAGUGCAGCAGCAACAAAAUGUUAUUGAUCCCAAUAAGAAGGCGGAAGAUGAGUCCAUGAAUCAAUUGGCGGCUCAGCUGAAUCUACCCUCUUUGGCUGUGGCUGGCUCUAGUGGUGCUGAGACGGGAGCCGCUUCCGGCAUGGGAGGUCCCACACCGAAUAUAGGGGCCGAGUCGAAAAUGUUUGCCCAAACCAACAAAGAAAUGCCCGAAUGGAUGACGGUGUUGACCCACAUAAAGGAUUUGAAGACAGCCUCAUUUUUGUUUGUGGCCUGGUUCAUGGGUUUCGGCAUUGGCCUGAUAUUCACUUUCCUGUUCUGGCAUUUGCAGGACUUUGGAGGCACACCCACUCUCUUUGGUGUGGCCUCGGUCAUUAAUCAUGUAUCGGAAAUUUUCGCCUACUUCUUUAGCUUCCGUUUGAUCACCAAGAUAGGCCAUGUCAAGGUAUUGUGUCUGGGCCUGAUGGGCAAUGUGGUGCGUUUCUUGUACAUCUCCUACAUCUCGAAUCCCUGGAUGGUCUUGCCCUUCGAAUUGAUGCAGGGUAUAACGCAUGCCGCUGUGUGGGCUGCCUCGUGUUCGUACAUUGCUCAUAAUACACCAAAACAUUUGAGAAGUUCUUCGCAGGGUGUGCUACAGGGCAUACAUCAUGGUCUGGGGCGUGGUUGUGGUGCCAUCAUUGGAGGUAUGUUUGUGACGUACUAUGGCACAACGGUGACAUUCCGUUGGUAUGGCAUUUGCUGUCUGUUCGUAUUGGGUCUGUUUAUCUUUGUGAAUUUCUAUCGCAAGGAGCAAGGUUUCAUAUCGGAGAUUCCAGUAACAGAAGAUCCUCAUCAGGUGGCCGAGGAGACUUCACAUUUGGCACCUCAUGGUGUUCCCAGUAAUCCCAUACCUCGCGCUCUAUCCAAUACCCGUCUAAAUGAAAUGAAUCCCAAUGGCACUGCCUAUGGCACUUAUCAAACCAGUGGCGGUAAUUUGGAUAUACCCGGUGGCAAUCCCUUCGGCACACAAUAAGCACAGCAUUGAUUCAUAUUACAAUUCAUCGAAUCAUUUCAUCCAAAAUUUUGUUGUUUCCUAGUAUCACAAUUAGUUGGCUUUGUUUUCUUCUUCUAGAUAAUUUUCUUAGUUAAUCUUAGAUAAAAUGAAAAACAAAACGGAUUUAAAUAAUGAGGAGAAUAGUUGCAGAAGUUUACUUCCAUUUCGGCGACAUUAGAAAAUUAAAACUCGAUUUAAUAUAGUCUACUAGCAUUUAUUUCAUAUACACAGAAUUAAUCACGAAAUUAAUUGAGCGUAAUUAAAAUGUUAAUAGAAAUUUUAUACAAUCUUCGAAAUAAUGGAAAGUUUGGUAAUACUGCUAACUGCUAUUCCGUUGAAGAAUUAGGCGGUAGUAAUGCAUAAACGACAGCAGGAGCCAAUGGCUUGCCAGUUGAAAUGACAUUUAGUUCCGAAACCAGACGAAAGAGUACUUGGAGUAUUUGAAAAAAACUUCUUCAUAAAUCGAUGAAUCUAUCUGCAUAGAGGCAGAAAGCCUGUGUCGUAUAGGUCAUUGAAGAAGCAUUAGGCAGCACUAAUGAAUAAAAGGCAGCAGGAGCCAAUGGCUUGCCGGUUAGUAAAAUGACUAAAACUAAAUUUCGCAUGAAAUUCCAUUUAGGAAUAGGUGAUACUUCUCUCAUAUCAAUGAGUGCAGCUCGAUUAAUUUUUAAUCUCAAUUGUAAGCGGCCUGUUUUU